AUGGAGGGCAGGAACAGUAUUGGAGAUUUCCUAAGCAAGGAUCUAAGCAUCUCAACUUUGGAAACUAACUUCAGAGCAUCUAAUGAACCCAAUGAUACUUCAGAUUGUGAUAUCAAAUUCCAAACCAUGAUUUUGCUUUCCCUCAUCAUUUCCCUGUUUGGGAUGGUACUAAAUGCCAUAGUUUUGUGGUUUCUGGGCUUCCAGAUAUACAAGAAUGCCUUCUUUGUCUAUAUCUUCAACCUUGCUGUGGCUGACAUUUUCUUCCUGCUCUCUCAGUUUGUAUUUUGUGUUCUUGUUAUCAUUUACAACAUCGAUUCCAUUUCCCAUGAUAUCCUAUCAUUUUUAAUUUUUGUGCCAACAUUUCCAUAUCUUUCAAGCCUGAGCAUUCUUACAACCAUUAGCAUUGAAUGCUGCCUGUCUGUCAUGUGGCCCAUCUGGUAUCGCUGUCAACGUCCAAGACACACAUCAGCUGUCAUCUGUGUCUUACUUUGGGCUCUGUCCCUGAUGACUGCGUUUCUGGACCAGAAAGCAUGUUUUUUACAGUUUUCUGAUCCUCACUCCAUUUGGUGUAACACAUUUGAUAUCAUACUUACUGUAUGGACAAUUGUCUUAUUUGUGGUUCUCUGUGGGUCCAGCCUCAUCCUACUUGUCAGGAUCUUCUGUGGCUCCCAGCGGAUCCCUAUGACCAGGCUGUAUGUGACCAUUGAACUCACAGUGCUAUUCUUCCUGAUAUUUGGUCUUCCCUUUGGGAUAUACUGGUUCCUUGACUUGAUUAAGAGACAUUGUGAUUUUUAUGAUGAAAUAAUAUUUCUAUCCUGUAUUAACAGCUCUGUCAACCCCAUCAUUUACUUUCUUGUUGGCUCCAUUACACACCGUAGUAGAUGCAAGAUGAAGACUCUCAAGCUAUUUCUGGAGAGAGCCAUGCAAGACACUCCUGAGGAAGAUGAAGGUGUUGAGAGCAGUUCUUAA